AGGAGCCCCAGGGGCCCCUAGCUCGGCUCUCCACCCUGAAGACAAGCAGAACAUCUAAAUACAAUCAGGAGACCGCCUAAAGUCACCGACCAUUUGACAGAUCUUUCCUCCAACUUCGAUCUAAACGCGACGUGUAUCGUCACGCAAAGUUAAGUUUACUUAAAGCAAAAAGCAAACAGCGGUGAGGCUCCAGUGCAGAGACAGACACUGCACACACUGUAAUGGGCGAGUGCGCGUUUCAGAUAUUUAGUCAACCACCCGACGAAUGCAUCUACGAAGUCCUCCGGUUGUGACAUUUCUACGUACAAAGAAGCGAAACCUGUACGUUAAAAUAACACAACACAGGGAUGGAUGAAGCGGAGUCCAAAGAGUCGGUGCACAAAGCUGAGCAGACAGAAUCUCGCUCAUUAAUAAUAAAAGCUGAGGAAGAGGAGGCGACAGCGCAGCGGGGACACUUGGGGGAUCUCUCAGCAGGUCAAGAGGACGUGACCAAUGGUCUCACAUCUCAUGAUAGCCAGGAAGCUCCAGUCACCUCUGUUUGCUCUCCAGGCACCAGUUACUGGUGUGUCACUGAGAAUACAGACACCCCUUUCCUUCUGUCCCCCAUCCCAGGACCAUCUACGCAGGAACCCCCUCCAUUUAAGCUCGCGCCCGGCCGAGACCAUCGGCGCUAUUACCACGAGUACUGGCGCAGCGAGUACCUCAUGGACUUCGACCCACAGAGACAGGGGAUGAUCUGCAUGGUGUGUGGCAGUUCACUGGCAACCCUGAAGUUAAGCACCAUCAAGAGACACAUCAAACAGAGGCAUCCGUACUCCCUGCUGUGGACCGAGUCCGAUAAGGAUGUGAUCAGGUCGGGAUGGGAGAGUCAUUUGAGUCGGGACGACAGCCAGAGGCCGUUAUGCCCCGAUCCAGAUGUUCCUCCAGAGUCAGAGGAGAUUUUGGAUGUCGACAGGCACUCCACAGGCAAGCCUGGUGGUGCCGUCUCUCCAGUUCCUCAGGCCCAGUCUGAGUUUAGCAGGGUCACACCAUCCCCUCCAGCCUCCCCCGUCCAGGAGCUCGAAGGACCCACAGCUCAGGUGAUGGAGCGAUACCUAAACGACUCGCUGCACGCCUGGUUCCGCCAGGAGUUCCUGAUGGAGUACCAGGCGGAGGAGGGCCGUCUAGUAUGCAUGGUUUGCAGCUGUCUGUUGCCUUCUCUGCACCUGGAUCACAUCAAGAGUCACAUGCUGGAUCUGCACCCCAACUCUCUGCUGUACACCGCUGAGGAAAAGCACUCCAUCUUGCAGACCUGGGCCAAGAUGCACGGUGAGGAAUCGCACUCUUUACAACCUCAAAUCAAAUCAGAACCACUUACCAAAGAAAUAAACGUAGAUGGUUCAGCCUCCUUCUUCCCUCUGAACGUGGAUCCCAUUCAGGGAAACUUAGGGAGUUACACAAGAGGAGAUGAGAAUCCACCAGACACUGGUCAGAGAUCACAGUCUCUACCUUAUUAUCCCCGAAAGAGAAGACUGAAAUACGGCAGCCCCUGGCGUCUCCGCCUGGAUUAUUUGGUGGCGUACGGUCCUCCGGAUAACCCGCUCUGCUACUGCAUGGUUUGUUCUGAACACCUGCCUGUGCCGAGAGUCAGCAACUUCCGCAAGCACAUCCAGGAGUGCCAUCCAGAGACAAGCGGCCUCAGCCGGGGUGAGAGAGAUGCUGUGGUCAGCGCCUGGACGAAGGAGGAGAGCAUAGACACGGCCACGCUGAAAGGACAUGACCCAAAAAGUGGCCCUGUCACUACAAACACAGCUGUUGACACGCAGGUGUCGCCUGUGAAAACCACAGAGCAAGGAGGUGAAACAGAAGACAGUAAUAGCACAAAUACCACACCAUCAACACAGACGACUGGGCGGCACAGGCACUACCCGGGGAAGGACCAGCGGCGCAAUUACCAGGCCCGCUGGAAGAUGGACUUCCUGAUGGAUUACGACUGCAGUAGGCAUGGCUUGAUCUGCAUGGUGUGUGGCGCUACGCUCGCCACGUUAAAGGUCAGCACCAUUAAGAGACACAUCCUUCAAGUGCACCCACACUCGCUGGACUACAGCCCGGAAGAGAGGCAGCUGGCCCUGCUUUGCUACAACCAGAUCUCUGUGCACUUUCAUUCGGAGGACUGUUUCUCGGGUUCCAACCACGGCCAUAAAGAGAAUGCUAAUGGUAAUGCUUAUGUUAAUGCCGAAUGCACUUCGAGCCAGAGCACUUAAUUGAAAGAAAAGUUGUUGGGAUGAGUUUUUGACAUCCUGUUUUUUGUUUUGCUUCACUCAGGAAGUUUGCUGCGGGGUUAAACCAAUUUCUUUCUUUUUUUUUUUGAAGGAUGUGACAUUGUUGGAGAAUAAUUGUCCCUUUGUCUCUAACAAAGUGAAAGUGUUUGAUACAUUUAAAAAGAAUAUUUAUGCUUGAUUCACUUUUGAAAGUGAAACCAGUGUAAUUUAAAAAGAAUUUAUGUAGUUCCCAAAUAGGUGAUUUUACUGAACUUAAAUUUUCUUUUCUGUGGAUAAGCACUCUUAAAUGCAUUUGUACAUUCAUUGCUUUUUUUGUUGACUGCGGCAAGACUGUUGUUGAUUUCGCGCGCUUGACAUUUUGCAUGACGUCACACAUUACAGUGGACAAUAUUAUUUUACUCACAGCACUUAAAAUGGGUGUUAGGUACAAGUUUCGGGGAUUGUUACUAAGCAAUCACAGUGGGAGAAUAAAAUCCAUGAUUUCAAGUACCAUUUUGUCAAUCACAUUUUGCCAUUUUGAAAGAAAAAGCAUAAAUAUAAUAUAUGAUUUAUAAUCUUAAUGUUAUAUAAUAUUGGUUCAGUUAACCAAAAAGUUAUAUUGAAAUAAAAAUAAAUAAAAA